AUGCGUCUUCUGAAGAGCAUCGACGGCGGCGAGUUCAGCCUCACCGAGGACCUCCACGACAACAUUCCCCCCUAUGCUAUACUUUCGCACACAUGGGGUGCGGAUGCCGAGGAGGUCACUUUCAGAGAUUUGACGGAUGGUACCGGCAAGGAUAGAGCAGGCUAUGACAAGAUCCGGUUCUGCGCAAAACAGGCUAGGCGGGACGGCAUACAACACUUUUGGGUUGAUACUUGUUGCAUCGAUAAAGCGAAUAAUUCCGAGCUCGCAGAGGCUAUCACCUCUAUGUUUCGUUGGUACCAAAAAGCUGCUAUAUGCUACGUCUACCUAUCAGAUGUUUCGACAAAUUGUCAUGAUCAAGUUGACUCAUCUGUACAGUCGUGGCAUUCAGCCUUUCGAAAGAGUCGAUGGUUUACCCGUGGUUGGACACUUCAAGAACUAAUUGCUCCGCAAUCAGUUGUCUUCUUUUGCUCGAAUAGCAAUCGACUCGGUGACAAAAAUUCGUUAGAGCGACCGCUUCAUGAAAUAACAGGGAUUGCGGUGCCGGCUCUUCGAGGAACUAGUCUAUCUGCGUUUCGCAUUGAGGAGCGAAUGUCAUGGGCAGAAAAUCGUGAGACCAAGAAGGCAGAAGACAAGGCUUAUUCCCUGCUAGGCCUUUUCGAUAUCAGCAUGCCAGUUCUCUAUGGCGAGGGAGAGAAGAAGGCAUUCGGUAGGCUUCGAGAAGAGGUUUUUAAG